AAUCUCACCAUACAAACACCACUUGUUACUUGGAUCAAAAACCACUCUUAGAUCCGUACUCCUUCAACUUCAAUUCACCCUCCUCUACCAUCUUCCAUUUUCUCAUAUCUUUCAAUUGGUCCCCUCCUUUCUCCCUGACCCGACCAAUCCCAUCUCAUCCUUUUGUAGUUUUCUGUAUCUCUCUCUCUCCCUCCACCUCUCUCUCUCUCUCGAUAUAAAAUCUCACUUCUCUCCCUCUCUCUGUCUACUGUUCUUUUUUGCUAUAUGUAUUGAUCAAUCUCUUCAUCUUUAUUUUUCUUUUGCAACAUCAACUCCUUUAUUUCUAUAAUAUUACUGAACUAAUUCUCUUGGAUCUGGCGACGUAUAUAUAGCCUGCAAAUUCAACACUGCUGCAUCAAAAACAUGUCACAACAGUCAUCAUCGUCAUCAUCAUCACUUGAUGUUCCAUCUGGACAUGUUUGUUAUGUUCACUGCAACUUCUGCAACACCAUCUUAGCGGUGAGUGUUCCUGGGACAAGUAUGUUCAAUGUUGUUACAGUGAGAUGCGGACAUUGUGCUAAUCUACUCUCAGUCAACAUGGGUUCUGUAUCACAAACUCUUCCUUCUCCUCCUUCUAUUAAUCAUCAUCAAGACCACAAUAAUCAUCAAUAUCAUCUUCUUCAUCAGAAUUGGAAUCUAAGCCAUGACGAUACAAGCAAAGAGUAUGGGAUGGCUUCUUACAAAUGUAACAAGCCCUCUGUACAGAAUGAAGAACCUCCUCCAAGAAUGCUACCUAUUCGCCCAGCUCCGGAGAAGAGGCAACGUGUUCCUUCUGCGUAUAACAGAUUUAUCAAGGAGGAGAUCCAAAGGAUAAAGGCUAGUAACCCAGAUAUUACUCACAGAGAAGCUUUUAGUUCUGCUGCAAAGAAUUGGGCACAUUUUCCUCACAUUCAUUUCGGGCUAACAGUUGAUUCCAAUAAACAAGCGGCUAAAGUUGAUGAUGCUUUCAUUGCUGGAGAUCAAGGAACACAAAAGACUCAACAAUUUUACUAAGAAACAAAACCCAAAUAUAAGCUAGUAUUAUUUCCAAUUUUACAUUUAAUUUCUGAAGAAUUCCAGAGACCUAAGGACUACAAAACCUCAACUAUGAGUUCAAAACAUAUUUUAGAUCUUGCAAUGUCGAUCGAUUCUCUUAUUUAUGAGUGAUUUAUGUGUAUUAUAUAAUAUAAUGAUAUGAACUUGGUUCCAUGACACCCCAAGAGUACCAAGCUAUCCCUUAUCACUCAAAAAAACAUACAGUACUUUUCUAUCGAUUUUCUAUCCAAUACGUGGGUUGUUUUAUUA